GAUCUUUUGCUCCACAAUGAGGGAGAGGUUAUUGUCUUGGAAGAGGCAGGAACAAGGCAGAGAACGUUUGCUCAGGGCCACCUGAGGCACAGCCUGGUACAAUGUGCAAAGACCAUCAAGCCCACAGGAUGCUCAUGAAUGUGUCAAACCCACCUGAGCCAUGGAGCUUCCCACAUCAACCUACAUGCUGCUCCCUCCCUCUUCACCCACAACUGCCCCACCUGGCUUAUGGCAACAGGUUACCCAAGGAAUGCAUAAUUUGCCUGGAAAAGCCAAGUGAUUUUUGGUGUUAGGUAACUAGGAUUGGUCCCCAGCCAGGACAUAUGUCCUGGAGCUCAAAGAGCUACCGCAGUUGCUCCUCCCAGAGAGAAGCCAGCAUUAGUGCAAGCUGUGAGUGAGUGGGGUGGGACAUGCUAUAAGGAAAUAUUAGAGAGCUGGGUAAACAGUGCAAGCUGGAGUGAAGAGACAAGCAGCAUGGCAGAGCUUUGUGUCUGCUCUGUUCUGGUGACUGGGGCCAACCGAGGACUCGGCCUGGGGUUUGUCCAGCAUUUCCUGAGGAUGCCAAACCCACCACAGUGGAUCUUUGCCACCUGUCGGGACCCCAAGGGACAGCGAGCGCAGGAGUUACAGAAUUUGGCCUCCAAACAUCCCAACGUGGUCAUCAUCGCUCUUGAAGUUGCCAAUCCUGCCAGCAUCAAGGCAGCUGCAGCCAAGGUUGGGGAGCACCUGGGGGGCUCCGGGCUGAACCUCCUCAUCAACAAUGCUGGAAUGGUCAAGCCUAAGAUGCUCGAGGCUGAAACAUUGGAGGACAUGACUGAGACUUACACCACCAACACGGUUGGACCCCUGCUGAUGGGCCAGGCAUUUCUGCCCUUGCUGAAGAAGGCUGCCCAGGGGAGCCCAGGCUCAGGGCUGAGCUGCAGCAAGGCUGCCAUCGUCAACAUGUCCAGCAUUGGCGGCUCCAUCGCUUCUUCCUUUGGCUGGGAGUUGAUGCAAAUCACCUCGUACCGCUGCAGCAAGGCUGCUCUGAACAUGCUGAGCAGGUGCCAGUCCCUGGCGUACAAGGAGCACGGCAUCCUCUGCAUCGCUCUCCACCCCGGCUGGGUGCAAACUGACAUGGGCAGCUCUGCCGGGCACACGCCCCCUGUGACAGUGGAUGACAGCGUGCAAGGGAUGCUGAAGGUCCUCUCCUCCCUCUCUGAGAAGGACACCGGCGCCUUCCUGGACUGGGAAGGGAACGUCAUACCCUGGUGAGACGCCACUUCAGGAUCCUGGCAGCCAAGAGCUACCUUUGGCACUGCUCCCACCUCCCCCACAUCCUCAAUAAACUCCUGCUGAGACCCCCA